UUCUCCAGGCUGAACAGCCCCAGUUUCCUUUUUAAUCUGAAAUGCCAUCACAUAAUUUUGUAACCCUUCAAAAGGGGUUGCAGUGAUGUGGCAGUGUUUGAUUACAUUUAUCAGGAGUAACAGGAACUAGAGGAACUGAUGUUGUUUGUGCUUGGUUGUACUCCGGGCUAGAGGGACAGACCUGGGGACAGACAAACAGUGAGAGUCUCUGGAGCCACAGUAGUAGCUGGAAACGCAAUUACGGGGGAUGCAUGAGAAACACAUUAAAGCAGUGGGAUGUUACCACCAGUCUUUGACACCUUGUCUGUGAAAGUUAAUAGCUGAUGGAGAUGUGUCGUGAAAGCUACUAUUAGAGUAUGGGAAGUCUUGCUUGUGAAGGCAGCCUGAAAAAGAAAAUUAUGAGUAGUAUCGAUACAGUGGUAGGAGCAUUCCUCAUUCUAAAACACAGGGGGAAAGAGCUGUUUUGCAUCUUCAAAACUUACUGGAACUUCUUUAUAGAUUGGCCUGUGGAAUUCUCUGUUACAGUAGAACCCAGAUCUGUUCGAGAGACUUUUUAAAGUGUCCUUAGUUAAAUUGGGGGGAUUUUUUCUGUUUUGUUGAAGAGAAGCUUAUAACUUGAAAUAUAUUCCUGAAUGCAUGAUUAACCUGUAGAUAUUAAGGAAUAAAUAUUUUGGGUUUUUUUUUGUGGGUUUUUUUUUUUUUCCUUUUUCUUUCUUUCUUUCUUUUUUUCUUUCUUUCUUUUUUUGUUUUUUUUUUUUUUUUUUCCUUUUUUUUGGGCAUUAUUUUGUAAUAUGUGUUGUUGAUCACUUGUGGAGACAGGGCAGAGUACAAGAAUACUUUUAUGAUACGGAAUGGCAAGUUGGUGUUCUGUGAUGACCCUCCUCCCAUAGACUAAAUAGACUAUAUAUGUGAGGGGUUCAUAGGGGCUUCAGGAUGAAAAUUAACAAUUAUUACAAAUUAGCCAUUCGAUUGGGGUUUUUUUCCUGCUUUUUCCUCUAAUUUCACUUAAUGUGACUUUCUCGUAUUUUACAUUCUCCUCUAUAUAAUUCUUCUCUUUUAAAAAAAGAACCUCCUAGUUUGUUUUUAAUACAUGCUAAGAAAAUGAAUAAAAGUAAAUGGUUUGAAAGAAACAUGUUCUUGCAGCACACUCAAAAUAAAGCAGAUCUUGGACUCAAUGGAAAUACUUGGUUAGUUCAAGUAAUUUCUAGGCUGAAUUUUUACAUCCACUGCAAGUGCAGUCAGCACGGACAUUGCAAGUAAUUUAUUUCUAGCUUCUGUUAAUGCACUGCCUCCUAUCAACUACCUACCAAGUAGCAGUAUUAAACUACUUCUCAAUGCUUUGCUGACAGUUUUUCUGUUUACACUACCUUGUAUGGAAAACUAUGAUAUAAAUGAAAAAAAAGACAUUCAGCCGAGAAGUUAGCAUUAAUUACUACUGCAAAGGCAACUCCAUUGCCUUUAGUUCCUGUUCCUUGAGUAGCUGAGCUGGUAACGGGCAUCUUCACUAGGGCACUGCAGUCCCUUUUGGCUUCUCACAGGUGGGUGGGAGCAUGCAAGUGAGCUUUGUGGACGUUUUGUAUGAACUUCCUUCUCUAUGUUGUUAAGAGUCAGAGAGAUCUAGAACCAGUGAGGAAGCCCCAAAGACCAUAAUACCUUGGAUAAAGACGUAGAUAAGGCUUCAGAGGUGAUGUAGCAGCAGAUGCAUUUGCUGUUGUGAAUUUAAGUUGAAUGUGGAAUAUGAUCAAGUGCGUUAUUACUCUUUAAGUAAAGAGAAGGGGUAUCAUGGCUGUUGCUACCAUUCUCUUGGUUUGCUAGCUGUUGUGUCUGCUCUUCCUAAAUAUUUUUGUGGUAAGGACACUGAGGGACAGAAAGAAUACUAUGAAUAACAUCUACUGCUCUGCUGCUGGGAUUUUGUUUUCUCCUCUCUCUCAAACCAAGUUCAAGUGAGAUCAUUAAAACAUUGCAAUAAAACUGUGUUAACAGACUAAGCCACAGAUGGUUUUGAUGUGCUAUAGGUAAUGACUAGCUAAAGACAAUGCUUUCAAAAUCGAAUGUAUUUUUUUUUCCCUGUAAGUUGAUGGGGGAAAAAUCCACACAAAACAAAAGAGGAAAUGAGGGAGAAUAAAACUAGAGGCACAAACUACUCUUGUAUGCAAAUGGAACAGAUUUUCCUCAAUGAUUUUUUUGAACGCAUUAUUCUGUGCAACAGCCUUGUGUGGAGCUGUGCUGUAACAGGUAAACCAGGACUCACAUAUCAGGAAGCACUGGAAUCGGAGAAGAAAGCCAGACAGAAUCUUCAAAGUUUUCCAGAGGCACUCAUCAUUCCAGUUCUCUACUUGGCAACCCUUACCCAUUGCUCCCGACUGCAUGAGAUCUGUGAUGAAAUCUUUGCUUAUGUCAAGGAUCGUUAUUUUGUUGGUGAAACAGUGGAAGUAGUUAGAAAUAAUGGUGCAAGGUUGCAGUGUAAGAUUUUGGAAGUCAUAGCUCCAGCCCAUCACAAUGGAAUGGCAAAUGGCCACGCCAGCAGCACUGACGGAGACACAAUUGUCAUCAGUGACAGUGACGACUCAGAAACGCACAAUAGCUCUGCACAAAAUGGGGAGAAGAAAGCCAUAACUGAUCCUUCUUUGUUUAAAUACAAAGUCCAACCUAUUAAAAAAGAUUUAUAUGAAACUGUUAUCGUUAAAGCAUCUCAACUAAGCCGGAGGAAACAUCUCUUUUCUCGUGAUAGACUUAAACUUUUUCUGAAACAACACUGUGAACCACAUGAUGGAGUCAUUAAAACUAAGGCAACAUCAAUUGCAAAAUAUAAUCUAGCAGAACAAAAUUUCUCCUACUUAUUUCCUGAUGACCCACCCACAUUUAUCUUCAGUCCUGCAAGCAAACGGCGAGGGAGACCUCCAAAGAGGGCAUCCAGUGGUCUUGAGGACGAGAUUGUGGCUAAACGAAAUCCACAAGGAAACAAAACAAAAGUAGCAAGGGAAAAGACAAGGUUCCAGAAGCAAAAGGAAGAUAUGCAGGCCAUGGCUUUUGAGAAAGCUAAAUUAAAACAAGAGAAGGCAAAUGCUAUAGAAGCUAAGAAAAAGGAGAAAGAAGAUAAGGAAAAAAAGAGAGAAGAAUUAAAGAAGAUUGUGGAAGAAGAAAGGAUGAAGAAGAAAGAAGAGAAAGAGAGACUCAAAAUAGAAAAGGAAAAAGAAAGAGAGAAGCUGCGUGAAGAAAAAAGAAAAUAUGUGGAAUACCUGAAACAAUGGAGUAAGCCCAGAGAGGAUAUGGAGUGUGAUGAUCUUAAGGAACUUCCUGUUCCAGUGCCAGUGAAGACAAGGCUUCCUCCUGAGAUCUUUGGUGAUGCUCUGAUGGUUUUGGAGUUUUUAUAUGCUUUUGGGGAACUUUUUGAUCUUCAAGAUGAAUUUCCUGAAGGAGUGACUUUAGAAGUUUUAGAGGAAGCUCUUGUAGGAAAUGACACUGAAGGCCCACUAUGUGAAUUGCUGUUUUUCUUCCUGACUGCCAUCUUUCAGGCAAUGGCCGAAGAGGAAGAGGAAGUGGCCAAAGAUCAAAUAGCUGAUGCUGAGACCAAAGAUUUAACAGAGGCUUUGGAUGAAGAUACAGACCCCACAAAAUCUGCACUGUCUGCAGUUGCAACUUUGGCAGCUGCAUGGCCCCAGUUACAUCAGGGCUGCAAUCUGAAAAACUUGGAUCUUGAUAGCUGCACUCUUUCUGAGAUUCUCAGACUUCACAUUCUAGCGUCAGGCGCUGAUGUAACAUCAGCCAAUGCGAAAUACCGUUACCAGAAACGAGGAGGGUUUGAUGCUACUGAUGAUGCUUGCAUGGAGCUGAGACUAAGUAAUCCUGGUCUCUUGAAGAAACUUUCAAGUACCUCAGUGUAUGAUUUGUUGCCAGGAGAAAAGAUGAAGAUCCUUCAUGCCCUCUGUGGGAAACUUCUGACUCUCGUCUCCACUCGAGAUUUCAUUGAGGACUCUGUUGAUGUGUUACGACAGGCAAAACAAGAGUUCAGAGAAUUAAAAGCAGAACAGCAUCGCAAAGAACGAGAAGCAGCAGCAGCAAGGAUACGUAAGAGGAGAGAAGAAAGAUUAAAAGAACAAGAGUUAAAAAUGAAAGAGAAACAAGACAAGCUGAAGGAGGAAGAGCAAAGAAAUGCUGCAGUAGAACUAUCUGUUGGGGAGGAGGAACGGGAAGAUCUUGAUACUAGUACAGAGAGCAAAGAAGUCGAACGUAAAGAGCAAGACGUGGACACAGUGACAGAGGAUGAAGAAGAGCUGGGACCAAACAAAAAACGAAGAAGGGGAAGGAGAGGGCAAAAUGGAUAUAAAGAAUUUACAAGACAAGACGAGACUGCUUGUGAAAAGAGUGAACCUCUUACUGCUGAAGAUGAAGAAGCUUUAAAACAGGAGCAACAAAAGAAAGAGAAGGAACUGUUAGAAAAGAUUCAGAAUGCAACAGCCUGCACAAAUAUAACCCCAUUGGGUCGUGAUCGUCUGUACCGGCGCUACUGGAUUUUCCCCUCUGUUCCUGGAUUGUUUAUAGAAGAGGACUAUUCUGGUCUGACAGAAGACAUGUUGUUGCCUCGAACCUCUUCCUUUCAGAAUAGUGUACAGUCUUGCACAAAUGAACCUCAGGUAUUCAGUAAAACUGGAGAGUCUUUGAAAUCUUCUGAAUCUACCUCCAAUAUUGACCAAGAUUCACACACCAGUGUUGUCGUAGAGGUGCCAAGGCCAGUAUAUAAACCAAACCGUUGGUGCUUUUACAAUUCUCGGGAACAACUGGACCAACUGCUAGAGGCUCUCAAUUCCCGAGGACAUAGGGAGAGUGCCUUAAAAGAAACUCUUUUACAAGAGAAAAGUAGAAUAUAUGAACAACUAAGCAGUUUUCCUGUGGAAAAAUUCAAUAUUCCAGACAAACCUCAAAGUGAUGUCAGACCUCCUUCAGGACGGGGAAGGUUGCAGAAUGCCCAUGAUGGAUCUCAUGUAUCUGCAGAGAAGCAGCUUGAACUGAGACUUAGAGACUUUCUUUUGGACAUUGAAGACAGGAUCUACCAGGGAACAUUGGGGGCUAUUAAGGUUACAGACAGACAGGCUUGGAGAGCAGCCUUAGAACAUGGGCGGUAUGAGUUUCUGAAUGAUGAAAACAAAGAAAAUGGUAUAAUUAAAACUGUGAAUGAAGAAUCCGAAGAAGUGGAAACUGAUGAUCAAGAUAAAUUUAUUGUGAAAGACAGACUCGUUGGGUUAAAAACUGAAGCUCCAAGUGCUGCAUCAACAAGUACAAGUACUCCUCAGCCAGUUAAUAAUGUGGUCCACUACUUGGCAUCUGCACUGCUUCAGAUAGAACAAGGAAUUGAGCGCAGGUUCCUCAAAGCACCUCUUGAUGCCAGUGAUGGUGGACGGGCCUAUAAAACAGUUUUGGAUCGCUGGAGAGAGUCACUUCUUUCUUCUACCAGCUUGUCCCAAGUCUUCCUUCAUCUGUCUACACUGGAUCGAAGUGUCAUCUGGUCAAAGUCCAUCCUCAAUGCUCGCUGUAAAGUGUGUCGGAAGAAAGGCGAUGCAGAAAGCAUGGUGCUGUGUGAUGGCUGCGAUCGAGGCUAUCAUAUUUACUGCAUCAGGCCCAAGCUGAAGGUCAUUCCUGAAGGAGACUGGUUUUGCCCAGAGUGCCGACCAAAACAGCGCUCUAGACGCCUCUCCUCCAGACAGAGACCUUCUGUGGAAAGCGAUGAAGAGACUGCUGAACGACUAGGAGAAGGGGAAGAAGAGGCAAAUUAUGAUGAAGUGAGGCAAAGUGAGGAAGAGCAUUAUGAAGAAGAGCAAGAUGAGGAGGAUGAAUCCCAAGAGGAAGAAGAGAUGAGCCCGUCAAAGCCAGGAAGACCUCAGGUCAAGUUUCCAUUAAAAAUGAGAGCAGCCAAACUCAACAAUCCAUUCUCAAGUCAGAACAGCCAGCGUCAGGCAAGAUAUGCUUCUCGGAGUCAGCAGAACGUGCCUAAGCAAAGUGAAUCUUCAUCUAAAGUUACCAGGAGGGGGUUGAGAAAGGUAAAAUCAGCCCCUCCAUCAGUGACAAAGCCUUCUUUAAGACUUAAUAGCCGGACCACUCGUCAGAGCCAAAGUUCAUUACAAGCAGAUGUAUUCGUGGAAUUACUCAGUCCUCGAAGAAGACGAAGAGGAAGAAAGAAUGCUGAUAACACACUGGAAAACAGCCCUUCCAAUUCUCUCGGAUUUAGAAUUGUUGAUACCACAGACCCGACCGAGCGGCUUCGAAAGUAUCCAGUUUCUACUUCAAAGCUUUCUCUUCCUGUUACUGAACCCAAGAGAAGGGGCAGGAAACGACAAUCCACAGAAUCAUCUCCUCAAACCUCAUUGAACAGGAGAAGUUCAGGACGUCAAGGGGGAGUCCACGAACUCUCAGCUUUUGAACAACUCGUAGUGGAACUGGUACGACAUGAUGACAGCUGGCCUUUCAUGAAACUGGUUUCCAAAAUCCAGGUACCAGACUACUAUGAUAUCAUCAAAAAACCUAUUGCCUUAAAUAUUAUCCGUGAAAAAGUGAAUAAAUGUGAAUAUAAGUUAGCAUCGGAAUUCAUUGAAGACAUUGAGCUGAUGUUUUCGAACUGCUUUGAAUACAACCCUCGUAACACAAGUGAAGCAAAAGCUGGAACUAGACUUCAAGCUUUCUUCCACAUUCAGGCUCAAAAGCUUGGACUUCCAAUCACAUCAGGUAAUGUGGACCACGCCGCUCCCACGGCGAAGAAGUCACGAAUCUAACCUCUACCUUCCAAAGGAUUUUUUUUUUUGAGGAAUCUGCUAUGUUCAUUAAAAUGAAAUGUUAAAUCUUAAAUCACGCAGUCGUCAUACCUGUAUAAAGCAAUAACAACUGUUUAACCACCUUGAAGUGUGGCCUGCACUAUAUUCUCAAUGUAAUAUUAAGCACUCAGGAGAAUGUAGGAAAGAUUACCUUUGCUACAGUUUUAUUCAGUGUCUAAUAAUUUUGAUAGAUGUACUGGAUACAGUACUGGUUUACAGAGGUUUUGUACAUUUUUAAUACAUUCAUGUGUCCAAAUAUCUUCCAGAAGAACAUUGUUUUUUCCUGCACAAAAUGACCUUGUUUCAUCCUCUAGAUUUUGUAGGAGCUGUGGUAUGGAGGGCUUUAUCAACUCAGAUAAAAUCUUCUGCUGUAGCACAGUUGAAGAAACUGUGUGUGUGUGUUUGAAACUUCUUUGAGCGUAUCUUCUCAACACUACACAUGAAUGAGAACAACUGCAUAUCUUUUUAAGUACUGUACCAGUGCUGGCUGGAGGUAUUCAGUCUGAGUUUAUUAAGUAGAUAUUUAUUUAGCAUUCAAAGUAAUUUGUGAAUUUGUUUUGUAUUUAUAAAAUUUGUACUUGGGGAUUAAAAACAAAAAAAAACAAAAAAAAAAAAGGAGGAGUUCCAUAACUUUUUUAAUUUUUUUUUUUUUCUGGGGUUUUUUUUUUGUUGGUUUAUUCCCCUCUAACUUGAUGAUGAAUCAAUAAACACCUUCCCGUGUCCCUGGCAGUUCUUCUAGCAAUGAGUAAAUUUACGGGACUGUACUAUAAGUUUCUACGUACAACUUUGGAAGUGCACAAAUAAAAUGACACAUUUUUCAAAGUA